GUCAUUGAUGAUCUAUUUUCGUGCUUUGGUCUUGACAAGGCAGAGUGGUUGCAUGAUAUUCAAAAUGGGGAUUGCCCUUUCUGUCUAUAGUAGGGGACAGUAUCUCAAUGAGAGGGCGAUUAGAAAGUUUGAAGAGGGGCUAAAUAGCAAAGUAAAGCUGUUAUUGUAUAAGACAUUUAACAAGGUGGUAGAGUUUAAAAAGUACUUGCAUGGGUAAAGU